AUGGCAUCUCAUCUGCUGUGGGGCCUGUGGAGCGUCAUUCGAGCGCCGCAAGCGCCGACUUAUGAUGACUUUGACUUUUUAGUGUACGCGAAAUUCCGUUUCGACUCCUACUUCCGUAUGAAGAGUAUAAUCCUGGCUCAUGAUAAGGAGGCGGUGGAGGAGGAGAAGGAGGAUCUGUUGAAGGAGCAGAUGGAGCGUACGAAACGCAGUGAAAAGAUGAUCUCGGACAUGCGACCGUACAUUGGUUUCUUCCGUGGUAUAGAAAUCGGUGCCGUUGCCCUGUCCAUUGGCCUUUCCCUCGGUACGGUGUUCGCCAUUCUUAACUACCGCCCAAGAACACUGUGA